CGUGACGUCAGAGAAGACGGAAACAAUAGCAGGCUGUGUCCGCGCGAGCAUCAAUCAGCUGAUCACAGAUCGGUCAGGAUGUUCCAGAACAAGAAGAGCAGCGCGAGGGCCGCGGUCGACCGUCUGAUCAUCAAAGGAGGAAAGGUUGUCAAUGACGACCAGUCCUUCUACGCGGACGUCUACGUGGAGGAGGGAACCAUCAAACAGAUCGGGGAGAACCUGAUUGUCCCGUCUGACGUGAGGACGGUGGACGCUUACGGUCAGCUGGUGAUCCCCGGGGGCGUCGACGCCAACACCAGUCUCCUCGCUCCGCAGAAGGGCCUGAGCCCGACGGGGGAUUUCUACCAGGGAACUAAAGCCGCAGUGUCCGGGGGAACCACCACCAUCAUCGACCAUGUGCUGGUGGAGCCGGGAACUAGUUUACUGUCAGCGUUUGAUCAGUGGAAGGAGACGGCAGAGCAGAGGGCGUGUUGUGACUUCUCUCUUCACCUGGACAUCACCCGCUGGCACGACGGACUUUAUGAGGAGCUGGAGACGCUCGUCAAAGAUAAAGGUGUGAACUCCUUCCUCUUCUUCAUGACGUACAAAGAUAAAUAUCAAAGCUCCGACUCUCAGCUCUACGAGGCGUUCGGGGUCCUCAGAACUCUUGGAGCCAUCGCCCAGGUCCACGCAGAAAAUGGUGACAUCAUCGAUGAGGAACAGAAGAAACUUCUCACUUUCGGCAUCACUGGUCCAGAAGGACACGUUUUAUCUCAACCUGAGGAGGUGGAGACGGAGGCGGUCUAUCGAGCCAUCACCAUCGCCAAACAAGCCAACUGUCCACUAUACGUUACCAAGGUGAUGAGCAAAUCAGCAGCAGAUGUCAUCGCAAAAUCCAGAAAGAAAGGUAUCGUGGUUUAUGGGGAACCAAUUACAGCCAGCUUGGCCACUGAUGGCUCUCACUAUUGGUCCAAAGACUGGGCCACAGCUGCUGCCUUUGUCAUGAGCCCGCCCAUCAACCCUGACCCCACAACUCCACAGUACUUGACCUCUCUGCUGGCCUGCGGUGACCUCCAGGUGACCUCCAGUGCUCAUGCCAGUUUCUCUACGGCUCAGAAAGCCAUCGGAAAAGACAACUUCACUUUGAUUCCAGAGGGAACCAAUGGGAUUGAGGAGAGGAUGUCAGUGGUCUGGGACAGAGCUGUGUCGACAGGGAAGAUGGAUGAAAAUGAGUUUGUUGCAGUUACCAGCACCAACGCAGCUAAACUCUUCAACAUGUACCCAAAAAAAGGACGCAUCGCUGUAGGUUCUGAUGCUGACAUUGUCGUCUGGAACCCGAAGGAGACACAAACUGUUUCUGCAAAGACUCACAACCUGACAGUGGAGGUGAACAUCCUGGAAGGUUUGGAGUUUCGCGGCGUGGCGUCUGUGGUGAUCAGUGGAGGUCGAGUUGUUCUUGAGGAUGGAAAACUUAACGUGACCGAAGGUUCUGGACGCUUCGUCCCCAGGAAGGCUUUCCCUGACUUUGUUUACAAGAGGAUCAGAGCCCGCAGCAAGAUGGCAGAGGCUCGCGGUGUUCCCCGUGGAAGCUAUGAUGGUCCAGUCCAUGAUGUCAUCAGCAUGACUAAAUCUGUCCCGCACACUCCGUCCAGCAGAGGGCCCAUCGGUCCAAAACCCCAGGCUGGCCCCCGAAAACUCCACCAGUCAGGAUUCACGUUAUCUGGUGCUCAGAUUGACGACCACAUACCUCGUCGCUCUGCUCAGAGGAUUGUGGCGCCUCCUGGUGGACGAUCCAACAUCACAUCUUUAUCUUGAAACAACAACAACACUUACUGCAAGAUAAAACUAGACCUACUGCAACCUUACAAAUCUUACAACUGGGCCUCAGUGACAUUGGUUCUCUGAAGUGCGUGGAUAUUUCUUUAAGACACACCUGCUUGCCCGGCCACGCACUUCAGUUUACCUAUAAAAUACCUAUGUUGAUGUGGAACCAGUUGAUAGUACAAUUACUACAAGACCCUAUGAUUAGUGCUUCACCCUACUAAUAGACCCUGCAACUAGUACUACACCAUAACAAAAAAUACUACAAUCUUCAACCAGUACUACACCCUACAACUAAUACCAUACAUUACAGCUAGUACUAAAUCUGACAAUGAUCUAUACAACCUACAACUAGUACUACACCUUGCAAGUAGUACAACACCCUACAACAAAUACUACAAUUGACUGUUUGAACUACAGUCUACAGCUAGUACUAUAUCAUACAACUAGUACUACACCCUACAACGAGUAAAACAACCUAGAACUAGUACUUCACAUUACAUCUGUACGAUAUCAUACAUUUAGUUCUACAUCCUACAGCUAGUAUUAUAUCAUACAACUAGAACUACGCCCUAAUCCUUCAGACAUGUACUUUUUUGAUACAUGUCUUUAAAUGAGAACUCUAACAAGCUUCCUCUCAUCUUGGGUUAGAGUUAGACAGUAACUGUUAUAUUAGUAUUAAUAUUAGUAUAAGUAAUGUUAUUAUUAGAAGUCAAAACCAUGAAUAUUCCUGAACAUUCUUUUUUAGUUUAUUUAACUUCAUCUUCAGAAAAAUCAUCAGAACAGUUUGACAUUGUGGAUUUAUAAUUUCAUUUUUGUUUAUUAUUAUUAAAGUGUGAUACUCUGUAGCCUGCAGUGGCUGUUUCAGAAUGUUUCAGUCUCAUUUCUGUUGUUUUAGUUUAAUUAUUUCACUGUGAGACUUUUAGAAUCCUUUGUGGUGGCCUCCUCAGUCCUGUCACUGUCUCUACUGGGUGGACUGACUCCAGGUUCUUUGUCCCAACAGGGUGAACCCAGUACAUAUUUAUUUUUAUUGAACUGAUUAGUUUUAAUUACGUUAGACAUCAUGUGACUGUAAAUGGUGCUAAUUAAUCCAUUGAUACUUGCUACUGUCAAUAGAAAUCCCUUCUAGGCCACACCCCUUUAUUAUUAAAACGUGACAUCAUAUAAUGACUCCACCCCCAGAAGAAUCCAAAACAAACUAAUAUCCUCACCCCCCCACAAUCCACACAGUUUAACUGUGGUUGAAGUUACUAAAGUAACUAUUGACUGCAGACCAUUGCUAUUGUUCGAUGUUGACCUCUUAACCCUGACCUACUUCUUUGACCUCUGAAGGGAUUUUUUUUUACAGUGUGUUUGAUUAGUUGAAUACUUCAUUUUAUAACAUGAUCAUUUUGUAAUUUUCUACAGUGUUUAUAUCCUGCAGCUUUAGCAUCAGUGAUCAACCUUUCUGUAAAUCCUGUUCUUCUUUCCAGGAGAUGUUCAGAAGAUGUUUGAACACGAGAACAGCUGGAUUAGAGGAAACAGGAACAUCUGGAUUAGAGAUGAAAUGGGAACAGCUGGAUUAGAAUUGAAACAUGGGAACAGCUGGAUUACAGAUGUGGCUCCAACACGGCGGAUGACUUCCUGCAGGCUGAUGUUUUUCUGUCCUCGAAGAUACACUGAAGCCAACAUGGAGAACACACACACUCUUUAAACUGAUCAUGUGCAUAUGUGUUGUUGUGUAUGUAAAGAGGGGUUACUAUGGUGACUGCUCUGUAUCUAUUGUGUAGUGAUUGUGAAACGACUUCCAUUUGUGAUGAGAGUUGCAUGAAUAAAGGAGAGAAAAAC